CCCGAUGACGGCGGCGGGUGGUAGAAAGAUGGCCGUGCGCUGAGGGGCCUAGCCAGCUGAGCCAGCGACCACCACCACCGUCGGCGGGUGACAGGCCGCCCCAAAUUACUGGCUUCGCGUGGGCUGCGGCCGCCGUGUCGGGAAGGAAAAAAGAAGGAUCGGGCCCGAACCGCGCCUCGGAGUUUGGGACCUUCGCCAGAGGUGAUGCGCUCCCGGGUCGUCGUCAGCUGAGCGCCAGCAGCUUGCCACAGUGCGACCCCGUCGCCGCCGCCGUCGCUGGGACGACGGCUAGCUCCCGAAGCGCCAUGGACGACAUCAAGAGCGACGCGGUCCUCCACAUCGCCGAGAUCAUCACGGACCGGCUGUAUUUUGCCACGGUGCGUAGCACGGUGAAGCCAGUCUCGGGUGGCCAGAACCACUUCUUCACCAUCGACGAUGAGCUGGUCUACGAGAGCUUCUACGCCGACUUCGGACCUCUCAAUCUUGCCAUGCUGUAUCGUUACUACAUCAAAUUGCAGAAGAAGCUCAAUUCGUAUGCCCUGGCCCAGAAGAAGAUAAUUCACUACACAACCAGCGACGCGAAGAAGCGGGUCAACGCGGCCUUUUUGAUGGGCUCCUAUUCGGUAAUCUUCCUGAAGCGGUCUGCUGAGCAGGCUUACAAGUCCCUGUGUGCAGGCAUCAUCACGCCAUACAUUUCCUUCAGAGAUGCGUCCUUUGGGCCGUGCACAUACAACCUGAGCUUACUCAACUGUCUGCGGGCCGUCGAGAAGGCGGUUCUUCACAAAUUCCUCGACUUCGAGACAUUUGACGUGGAAGAGUACGAGUACUACGAGCGCGUCGAGAAUGGUGACCUCAACUGGAUCGUGCCCAACAAGUUCAUUGCCUUCUGUGGUCCCCAUCCCAAGAGCAAAAUUGAAAACGGCCACCCGUUCCACUCUCCGGAGACGUACUUUCCGUACUUCCGCAAGCACAACGUCAGCACGGUGGUUCGGCUCAACAAGAAGAUAUACGACGCACGCCGCUUUGCCGACCAGGGUUUUGAGCACAAGGACCUGUUCUUUGUAGACGGCUCUACGCCCAGUGACGCCAUCAUGCGGGAAUUUAUCGAAAUCAGCGAGAACACCCCCGGUGCCAUCGCAGUCCACUGCAAGGCCGGCCUAGGCCGCACGGGUACCCUGAUAGCGUGCUACAUCAUGAAGCACUACCGCUUCACGGCAGCCGAGGCCAUCGCCUGGAUUCGUAUCUGCCGGCCGGGCUCCAUCAUUGGACAUCAGCAGCACUGGCUCGAAGAGAAGCAGCAUUACCUGUGGCUACAGGGCGACCUGUACCGGUCGCAGCUUAGCAGCAGCCAGCAGCACGCCAACAACGUCAACAACAACCAGGCUUCCCUGGGCAACACGGGAACCACGACCACGGGUGGUACGCGGCGCUCGCUGUCGCCCCACAACCGCAGCGUGUCCCCGCCGGCCGUGACGAGCAACAACCGGCGGGGGUCGCCCCGGCGUGCCGUGGCGUCCGACACUGAGGGCACGGUCAGCCACAUUCUGGGCCGCUUCCACUUGACCGACAAGAGGACGCAGCAGCAGCAGCAGGUGGACCGAGCCAACAACAACACGAUGGCGGGUGACUCGGAGGAAGACCUCACCCAGGGCGACAAGCUGAUGCGCAUCAAGGCACAGCGGAGACAUCCGCGCUCCCUCACAGCUAGCGCUGCACUCGCUGGUGAGGAGGGCCGCCCGCAGCGGCGAGCGUCUUCUCAGCCCCUGAAGGGUGGAGGUGGCGGGGGCACCCCCAUGUCGCCCCCGGGGGGACCCUUCGCACCAUCCGUAGGCUAUGCUUCCCCGGUGAAGUCCCUGCGCACGGGAUGCCGCGCUCCUGCUACGGCUGUCAACACGACGGGGCGUCGCCGCUCCCCUACCUCGCCUCCAGCACGCAGUGUCUCCGGCCGCCAGGCGUCCGGAAGCAUGCCCAGGUGACGAGGGGGGCCGGCCCUCCGGAGGGCGGCAGCGGAGGCGCCCCCCGGCCCCCCUAGCAGGCGCUCCCCCCGGAAGAGGCCCAAGAGAUGCAACCCCUCCACCCCCAGCCGCCGCUAAUGAGCCCCUCCUGGGCAAUGCCACUAGCACAGCACGCCCCACCUAUAUGCUCCUCCAGGAUAAAAGCACCAGUUCCAUUGUGUGCGGUGUGAUGAUGACCAGGCAGUGUGGCCAACAAGUUCUCUCCCUUCUCGUAGACAUCUCCACCAGAGUAGUGUGCGACACUGCCUGGAGUUUGGAAGUGACUGCAAGGCGCGACUCUCGAACCCUUUGGGCAAGAACCGUCAUCCCUGUGACAGAGUGCGACCAUGACUGGAAGGUAUGCGGACGAGCAUCAUCACACGGGUACCCCCUGCCAGAAUCGAUGCAGCAUUAGAGUAUGAACAGCAUACUGCCAGUGCCCCAUUCCUACCAUAGUGCAAGCUGGUACCCGGUACCGGCUGUGCACUGGAGUACCGGCUGUACACUCUAGCGUGUGCCAGCUGCGUACAAUAGUGCAACUAUGUACCAACUGUGUAUUGUGCUGUAGAUGUACAGAUAGAUUUCUAGAAGAGGGGAUAAUGAUACUGGUAGUGGCAAAGCAGUAAUAAUAGAAGGAUGUGCUGUCUGCUGGAAUUCUGGAAGGUUGGCGUGGCGUGCCUGUCUGCCGGUACUAGGUAAGAAUUAUUGGUUCUGGGGAGAGCGGGCUGGCGAUGGCCCUGGCAGCCAGCUCCUCUGCACAUGCCACCAGAAUCGAAUGAGACCUUCUUGCCCAGUGUUGCAGAUGCCGGUGCUGGGGAUGCUGGCAGAUGCUUUGAGGGUCGCUGGACAGAGUUGUUCGUUUUUUUUUUUCCUCCGGGAACUGUAUCGCCACAGUGCUGCAUGUUUUGCUUUAACUUGAACUUGAGGGAACAGAAAGCGGUGCAUUAUUCCGUAGGAGUUCUUGGGAACAGCUCUGCUUCGCUUGCCUUCGUGCCCUGAGCAUUCAGCUUAGUUUUUACGUGGAAGCACAUUCAGCGUUUUGUUCAAAAGUGUGUAGUCGUAAUGUGAUGCAGGAUAUUUAACCAAGGGCACUUGCUGCUGAUUGGUUGCUUGGAUGUUUUGCCGGAUGCAGGCACGUGAAGCCUUGCAGUCGUGUGCCUACUGCACAGAUGUUCCUCACCUUGAGCCGAAGCACCAAACUGUAGAGAAUGAAGCCGCAUCUGUGGCGUGUACAGCCUAGUUCCCCCGCAUUCAUUAACCUGCCAGUGUUUGAAGAUCUCCAGUGCAUUGGGUGAUGAAUUUAACACGCAUCCGUUAUUUUGUCAUGGAUUCCUUUGCAUCCAGUGAAUUGCUUCUAGUUUAUAUGCACCGAGCCGCAGUACCAGGUCUGCUGUAAAUCCCGUUGAGACGUAACAACCUACUCCCGGUGCAAGAGUUGCUUGUGUGGUAUGGAGCAAUGCUGGUGGUUUUACUAAUUUAUAGCAACAUUGCAGUGGUUUUUAUUUUGUUUGACGUGAGACAAGAUGACAAGAUUUUAUUUCGCAAAGCGUAUUGCAAUACUGUGAACACUGUUGGCUGCGGCCUCCUCCCAGUGCUUGGCUCUGGUUUGCAUCUUGAAACGCUGCCUGCUCGUUCCAAACAAAUCUGCUGCAGCUGCUGUGUCGCUGACGCACAGUGUAGCGAUGGCCACGUUCUCAUUUGAUCACUUUUGGGGUGCACGUUGAUUGACUAAGCCAACAUAAGUAGAUGUGGCAAAAUGGAACUCUCCACAAGCACUAUCAUUGCAUUGUAUGCUGAGCAGGUUGACGGGAUGUUCGUUGGCUCUAAUGAAACGUAGCAUUGAAUUUAGCAGUGAAAGUCAUCAGUCAUAAAUAUGGCCCCAGAAAGAGACCCUCCUGCUUGGUGAGCUGUCGGAUGCCAGCUUGUGCUGAAUGAUAUUUGACCAUCUGCAGCUUCUUACAUCAAACCUCAAUGCAACGAAGUUUCAUACAACACGGAAGUGGCUUUGUUAUAUUCAAACAUUUGUUAUAAAUGUAUAUUUGUGACACAGUAUGAAGAGAAAAACUAUACUACAUUUACUUUGUUAUAAGCAAUUAUUUGUUAUUACAUCUGUAUUGGUCGUAUCGAAGUUAAACUUUGACGCAACGAAUACAUAUAUGAUGAAUUUCCGCUUUUGAUGAGGUCAAUGAACAGUCAUGGAACAGUGUUACAAAUGUAUGUUUAUAGUGAAUUUUUGGAUGUGACGAAACUACUUCCAUGUAAGAUAUGACUUUGUGGCAAGGGUUUAUUGUAUAGUGGGCCAUUUGCCUUUUCCAUUGGGUGAUGUUCAUUAACUCUUGAUGAGGAGUUCGUCAGCAAUACUCAGGCCCAUGAUAUUAGGUCACAGCAUAGGGCUUCAAUGGUGGAGUCACGCCAACGUGGCCUUGUUGUUUAUGUUACUCAGCUGCUAGUCAAGUGAUUUAAGUGCACUCAGGCUUGCUGUGAUAGCAGUAGCUCUGUAUCCAUCGCAUUUCCGGCUAGAUCGGCUUUUUUUUGUUACGUCGCUCGGACACCUGGUCAUCAAACGGCUCAUGCAGUCAAUUUGCUAUAACAAAAGUUGCAUGCCAACACAAUACUGUCGUCAUUUACCUGCCAAUAAUUAUAAACAUACAGACCAGCGUCGUCGAAGAAAGACUGCCGGUCGGGUCUGUGUGGAAAAUAUAAGAGCGUUGAUGCCUCUGACGGGCUAGCAAAGCAUUUCCCAUCGAUUUUGAUUGCACAUAGUCGGCUUGCUGUGCUAACAUAUAACAUUUGAGCAAUUUGCGAACCAUGCAUCUAGCACUACCGUUAAUAAUGCACAACUGCGUAAUAGGCGUAACAGCGUGGGACCGGCUUGGCUAGAUGUAUGAGGGCCCCAGCCGGAAGCCAAGCCGCUGGCUGAGCCAAGCUUCCUGCCAAUGUGCCGUUCCACUUGCAGAAUGUUUUUGCACUUUUGCUGCUAGAAUACCUUGUUCGAGCAGUGAGCAAAUGAUUUGCUUCACUGUUACGAGUACUGCCCAGAAUCCUUCGUUUUCAUAUUGUCAUAGCAGCGGAAUACUCAUCGAAUUAAAGCAUGGCCAAAUGAAUUUUAUAUUUAAGUCAUGUCCGACAACUUCUAUUAAAUCUGCGUUGGUUGUAUCGAGGUUCACUGGUAACGGCAGAGUGAACCGAUCAAUGUAUUGGCAAGGAUUUUGUUGGCUACCCAGCAAGUGCGAAUGUCAGUUUUAUUUGUCAUCAAGCACAUUGCGUACUUCAGCCAAUGCAGCAGUAGCGGCAAAAGAAUCUCACAGGCGAGCUUUGAGAGAUGCACUGGGAGGCAGGUUUCUGCCAAUAUUUACGACGGUGGCAGUGUUGUGGUGUUCAAACCUACACAUAUGUAUAUCGCACAUUCACGUUUGUUGUUCCCAGAAACCUGGAUGUGCCGUUUUACCCGGUUUCACCCCUUUAUCACCCAUUGUCACUCCUCACCUUCACCAUGUCACACCCAACCCUUUCCCGUCCUAGCAAACUGUGACCUCAUCACCUCGAUGCUAUUUAUGUAAGCUAAGUGAGGGUGCAUUUAGAACCGUACUAAUCACUGAUCCUCAUUUCAAUUCCGGUGCACUGAAAACGUUUCGCUCGUCACAUUUCAGCUCAUCCCUGCAUGGAUUGGGGGCUGUACCCUGUCGCAUCGUGACUCUGCAAACAGACAAGGCUAUGGAGCGUUCUCAGUCAGUGUGCGAAAGAGCCGCCCACUUUUAUUUUGUUAAGAGCUGCAUUUUUUUUUGUUGGUUCAGUUGAAUGAAUGGCACUUUAAAAAAAAAUUUCAGCAAAUAUGUAUGUAGGCGCAACCUGGAAUUCUUGUUUGGACAUAUGCAUAUUCCUUACGUAGUUUAUGUUGACAGUCAUUAGAGUGUCUCCCACGUUAUGAGUGAUACAACAUAUUUAGACUAAAUGCGCAAACUUGAAACUUCGACACCUUAGUAAAGAGACAAACUACUGCACUGACUUGCCACUGGUUUACGAUUUUCGAAAUAACUCGUCGUGUUAGCUUAGAGGCUAAAGUGUUAUGCUGCCAAGCUUAGAGGACAUGGAUUUGAUUCCCAGCCACUGCGGUCUCAUUUAGAUAGGGACAUGAUGCAGACACAGCUGCGGAGCCACUCCAGCUCUGAGAGAAGCCAUGGUGGAGGGCUCUGGGUCGUUUCUAUCACUUGGGGUUCUUUAAUGUGCACUGACGUUGCACAGUACGUGGGCCUCUAGCACUUCACCUUCAUUGAAAUGUGACCGCUGCGGCCGGUACUGAAACUGCAUAUUUUUGGGUCGGCAGCCGAGCAUUGUAACCACUGAUCCACCGCGGCAGCUUGCGAUCAACUUUUAUCACUUCAGAAAGGUACUAUUGAUGUAGCUAUCCACAUACAAACACUAUUACUUUUUCUGUGAAGCGUAGGAAAGUACUACUAAAAUUUUGGGGUAUUAUGUGCCAAAACAAUGAUAUGAUUAUGAAGUACGCAAUAGUGGGAAACUCUAGAUUAAUUUUGAUGACUUGGGGUUCUUUGCACAACUAAAUCUAAGCCUGCAGCUGUUUCUGCAAUACGUCCAGAUCUACAUGUGGCCGCCAUAGCUGGGAAUCAAUGCCAUGUCCUCAAUCCUUGCAGCGCAACACUUCAGCCCAUGGGUGCCUCCCUUUCAGUCACCGCCGCAAACUAUGAUGGAAGCAGGCGAAUGUCAGGCUCUAGUGACUUUUAUGUCUCAACCAAGAGCUUUUUUUUUUUUAACUUUAAACCCCAUAAAACCAAAAGUCUAUUGCAGUCAAGCAUUCAGUGUCUCGACUGAAAGCCCGCGCCUCAUUUCCAGGGACUGAAAACCGGCGCCUCAUCGACAGCUCCAGCUUUGGUACGGCAGCACAGUUGAAGGGUUAUGCUGUAGCGAGCCAAUCGACUGGCCUGCGCCUGAGGUUUUCACACUUUGCAGAGUCCACGAUGAGACAGGAUAUGGCAUUGCCAACUGUUAACUGCCCACUUAUGCAGUGUGGGUUACUGAAUAAGCACACGUUCCUUUCGCAUCUUCAGGUGUCAUUGAAAGAUCCACUGUUUAGGUCAUUUGUAUAUGCCACCCAUGAUUCGCUGUGUUGUUCCUGUAAGACGGCAUUGUAGAUCAUACGAGGGCAUUGCAUGAUGCUGGCGUUCGGCACAGCAGGUCCACGUCAACGUGAUCACUGCAUCAUGCCACUGCUAUCUCUUCAGUGGUAGACCAUGCCUUCCAUACUAGUGUCCUUCUUUUGUCUUCAUGUGUUUGGCACGUGAUUCAUCUCAACCACCAUACGAAGCAGUAGCUAGGCUGCAGUGGACUGAAUUGCUGCGCAGACACUGCAAUCGCAGUUGCAGAAUAACGAGGCAGAGAGGAGUGGCAGGAUUGGCCGGUUAGCUUUUUUUUAUUUUGAGAAAGAGGCCGGCAGAAUGAAACGAGCGUUCCACACAUUGCCGUGACACUCGUUGAAUGGCUGGCUCUUACAACAGAAAUAAAUGUCAAUAUGCAUGUUGUACAGUGGAUGUUGUCGCAGUUCUGGACUGACAGUGGGAUGAAAAGGUACGGACUAACAACUUGCGUGUUGUCUAACGAUUGAUUAACGGGCCAGUUGCUAAUUAUUUUUGCUGUCCACUUCACGUGGGUCGUGCCUCUCGUUUCUGCCGGCUCCUAUGCGUGGCAGUGUUGCAGGCCGGGUCAGUCGUCAACCUAGAUCCACGUCGCAUCGACAUCGAUUUCUUAUAUCGACAUAGUUAUGUGUAUCAUACUUUUAUCUUAGCAACGGCAGGCUUCUUUGCCGGGUCGGCAUAGAAUUGGAGGCCUUGUGUGUCGUGGCUGUCUUGUGGCGGGUUUCUGCCUCGGGUUGUUGUCUUUGUCUCUGUAUUUUACUCACUCCUUGUUGUCUCCAUAAGUGCGUGUCUUCCUUCGUCCUUGUGGUGUCUGUGUCGUUCGUUCCGAAAAGAAAAAUAGAUGUGCCCACGCGGUAUCUCGCGACCUUUCUGUUAGGGUGGUCAUCAUCACACGAUCACGACAACGAUGAUCAUAAUCACCAUUGUCACGUGACACACUUGUAGCGAAGCAUGGAAAGUAAAUGUUGCGGAAGGACGAGGGCCAUGUCAGGUUGAGCUUUCAGAGUUAGCAGCCAUCUAAGCCGAGAACGUAGCGGCAGCUUGUUCUUAGUUUGGGUAAAACGUUAGUACAUUGCUUCUUUUCAUGUCACUCUGAACGAGAAUUGAACGUAAGGCAAAGCUGUCGAAAACUGCAGUCUUGGCCUGUUAUGUGCGGUGCCUUGGGUUUUGCAACGCUCGAGGUAGCAUUCGCAAAUAUGCUUCGACGUGGCUUAACUCUGAUUCGGCUGUGCUGGAGUGCAGCGCAACCUGCAAAUGGAGGUGGUUGUCGUGUCUCUGCAACGCUCCGUGGCGAUUCUUUCGCCGUAGUUUUGUGAUAACACACAUUGAGCGCUUACUCAGAGGCACAGGACUAGAGGGGCACAUUGUGAAGCAGCUCCUCACCUCAAGAAGAAUCGGCGAGGAGGGUUGUUGGAGCUCGGCUGCUGCUCGGGUUGACGAGCAGUGCUUGCCAGGCACGAGGCACCGUUUGAGAAGGAGCUGUUGAGUCGAGGUGUGUUUCUGGAUGCAGUGGUUAGAUUUUCUAGCGGUAGCAGUUCUUUAGUCUGUGCCUGCUGUAAUGGUGAUGCUGCCUUAAAAGAAUGCCUCGAUGACCAGCUGUUUUUUUGGAUCAUGCCAAAGUGACGUGCAGGGAACCAUUCACUCGCCUCUCCACGCUUUGUUUCCUACUUCCACCAGAUGAACGAUUACAGUACUGCAGCACACUCUACACUGGAUCUCACAUCGUAAUCUGAAGUGUAUGCCCAGCAGUGGACUUUGAGUCCAAUCUUUUGCCUGAAAACGAGUCUCUCACCUUAGAGCACGGUCCGUGCAUUAUCUCCAGCCUUUAGGAAGUGACAUUGUCCGUUGUCUCUGGUGUGUGCGCAGUGGAACCACACUGCGCACAGGCUGUAAACGUAACUGUGCAGGUUGGAGACGAUGGCGUCAAACUGUGAGCAGUCAUCGUAGGAGACGCCUAGAGCACCUAAAGUGAGAGGAUCUGCCAGGGGACGUCUCGUUCGUUUCGGUCUUCGAGCAUCGCCAGAGUCAACACGUUACCGGGGACAUUUCGGAACUGGCACGGCUGCCAAAUCGUUUUCUCCGCGAGCUGUUACGACUGGCUGACGAGUGUGAAACAGCAUCUGUGAACUCCAUUCACUACGUAUUUUGCGAGAUGAAGGCGUAAGAGCACAUGUAGAAAUCCACGUUGGUCUCUAGGGGAAAAAAAAGAAG